AUGGCAUCUAGCGCAGGAACUGGCGGCUCCUCACGUGGCCGGAGUUGGAAUGCCGCAGCCGCGGGUGCAGUAAGAGCAGUCGGCUUCGGCGCUGGGGCGUUGUUCACGAGAACCAGUACUAGCAGCGGAGAUGCCAGGCAGAAAGGGGACGACGCCGACACACCAUCCUACGCCAACCGGGACGAGAUUCUGCACACCGCCGAGGAGAUUGCCAGCGUGCUGGGCCAGGACGCAUCCACCUCCAACACGCCUGAGCGCGCCGUCGCAGUUGUCUACCCCAAGACCACCGAGGACGUGUCGGCCAUCGCCCGCAUCUGCAACCGCCGCAGCGUCCCCAUGGUGCCCUUUGGCGCCGGGUCCAGCAUCGAGGGCAACUUCUCGCAGCCACACUCGGGCAUCUGCAUCAACUUUUCCAACAUGGACAAAAUUCUCGCCUUCCACCCAGACGACAUGGAUGUCGUGGUGCAACCGGGCGUCAACUGGGUCGACCUCAACAAUCACAUCGCCAGCAGCGGCCUCUUCGCGCCCAUGGACCCGUCUCCGACUGCCACCGUCGGCGGCAUGGUAUCAACCAACUGCUCCGGCACCAACGCCUUCCGCUACGGCACCAUGAAAGACUGGGUCCUCAACCUGACCGUCGUGCUGGCCGACGGCACCGUCAUCAAGACCCGCCGCCGCCCGCGCAAGACCUCGGCCGGCUACAACCUGACCUCACUCUUUGUCGGCGCCGAAGGCACGCUGGGCGUCGUGACCGAAGCCACCCUCAAGCUCGCCCCCAUCCCGCAGGCCACCUCAGUUGCCGUCGUUCCCUUCCCCACCAUCCAUGCCGCCGCCGCCGCAGCAACCGCCCUCAUCCGCUCGGGCAUCCAGCUCGCCGCGCUCGAGAUAAUGGACGACCGGCAAAUGGCCAUCCUCAACUCGCACGGCAGCCCGACGGUGCGCAAACGCCAUUGGGCCGAACAACCCACCCUCUUCCUCAAAUUCUCCGGCACGACCGAGUCCGUCCAAUCCGACAUCGCCCGCACCUCCUCUCUACUACACACCCUCACCACCACCACCACCACCACUACUUCCGACAAGUCCGAACCACCACCCCCCUUCCACUUCGCCCGCACAAAGCAAGAAGAGCACGACCUCUGGGCAGCACGCAAGGAAUUCCUCUUCACCAUGACCAGCCUCUUGCCGGAAAACCACCGGAUGUGGUCGACCGACGUAGCUGUGCCCAUCUCGCGGCUCGCAGAGCUGAUCACCUGGUCCGAGGAACAAUGCAGCUCACUCGGCGUCUUCGCCAGCGUGAUCGGCCACACGGCGGCCUUGGCGGGGUGCGUGCACGAGAUGAUGAAGCGGGCGCUGGACUUGGAGGGGACCGUGUCUGGGGAGCAUGCGAUUGGGAUUGGCAAGAAGGUGUGUCUUGUGCAGGAGCUUGGGGAGGAUACGGUUGAGGUGAUGAGGAGGUUGAAGAGGGCGGUUGAUCCGAAGUGGGUCAUGAAUCCUGGCAAGGUGUUUGACUACCGGUAG